AAAACCGGUCAUUGGGUACACGAUGCGCAGAAGCGCACCAACCAAUGUUGUGGCAACUCUCACACCUUCAGGGCAACAUGCGUCACAUCAUCUGCUCCAUCAUUCUAGCAGCUGCCCAUGUGGCACAGGGCGCACCACUGUCAGCCCUACAGCACCACAGCCCUAAAGCGCGGCAAGCUCCAGCGACUAACUUCACAGAUUACCUCUACACCUAUGUGCCCUCCCCUUCUCCUCCAUGUAGCUAACCAGAAAUGCUAACAGCACCCAGUUCACCGGCGAACGCCUCCCAGACGGCGAACAAGUCUACAUGGCCAUCAGCAACAACAACGACCCAAUCACCUGGACCACCCUCAACAAAGGUGACCCCGUCCUAACCACCUCCUUCGGCAUGGGCGGCAUCCGCGACCCGUCCCUCAUCAUCACGCCCGACCGGUCAAAGUUUUGGCUCCUCGCCACAGACCUCAAAGUCUGGGGCCGCGGCUGGAACAAUGGGACUUGCUAUACCUGCAACGGAUCAAAGUCUAUUCACGUCUGGGAAUCAAACGAUCUCGCGAGAUGGACCGGGCCGAUGUUCACGACGGUGGCUCCCCCUGAAGCGGCGAUGGCUUGGGCUCCGGACGCGAUUUGGGAUCCGGCCAAGAACAAGUUCUUGGUUUAUUUCACGAGCAAGUUGGAUGGUCAGCUUGUGCUUAUGAAGGCGCACACGGAGGAUUUCAAGACGUUUACACGGGCGGAGGAGUUUAAUCGGUUGGGGAUGGAUGCUACUAUUGCUUUUGAGGGGGAGACGGGGAAGUACUACUGGUUUAGUAAGCAUGGGCCUGAUGAGUUGAUUCAGCAGAAUGUGGCAGACAGUCCGGAGGGGCCGUGGAAGACGGUUAGCGAAAGGAUUGGUGCUGAUGGGGGCAUGCCGGCCGGGGAGGGACCGUUGGUGUUUAGGGAUAACAGGGAUCCGAAGAAGUGGCAUCUGUGGAUCGACGACUACAUGCGUGGUGACGGCGGCUACCUUCCAUUCACAACAAACGAUAUUUCCAAGGGCAAGUGGACGGUCGUCAAGAACGCAAAGCUGCCAAAGAAUCCCAGGCACGGAUACGUAACUCCUAUUACCGCGGCUGAGCGAGCGAGACUUGUCGCUGCCUAUGGUGUAUAGGCAGCCUUCUAUAAACCCCCCGUUAGAAAUCAGUUACCACCCACCGUGGACCCCUUUCUUUCUUACAAUCCCAACAUUGCAACACAAACUCAACCCUCUCCUGAUGAUCCCCAACCCAAGCAGGCAAGACCUGGAAAUCUAUCUCCUGAUCUUGCAAGAAUCUGCAAAACACCCUAUGCAUGGCAAUCCAAUCAUCCACAUCUUCCGGCAUCAACCUAACCCCAUCAUCCGCAAGCCAGCUCCGCGCUUCUUCGCUAGCUUCACAGACAACCACAGCCGCGUCCUGCAUCCUUGUUCUCAGUUCCCGCCAUUCAUCCGACUGGAUCAAUUGGUUGGCUCGUCCUUCUUCUACAUAUCGCAAGGCGUAGGCGAUUGGGUCGGCUCCUGAUCUGUCGGAGAUGAACCAUUGCCCCGUUUGGGUGGCUUGUCUCUCGGCAGAGGCUUGUGCUUGUAGGAUCAGGCUUUGGAGCUGAAAGCUUCUGUCUGGGUUGACAACGUCGGCUGCUGUGAAGGAGUGCUGCUUGAGGACUGUGCGGGCGACUUCGGUGAUCAGGACUGGCGGUUCGUGGGAGGAGUUGGACUCAAAAUGGGCGUGGAGGUUUUUGACGAGGGUUGUUUUGCCUGUGCAUUGAGCGCCGAUGAUGUAGAUGUUUGGUGGUUGGGACAUUGUUUGGUAGGGCGCAAUUCAACUGUAGGUAGUCGACUGUGCUUGAUGGACAUUUUCCAGGCUUUCGAUGCUGGAACGACGUGGAGAGAGAUGUGGGUGGUAGAUGAAAGUGAUGUAGGUACUCG